AUGGCCAACGAUCUGUGGUCAUGUACCUGUUGUACCGAGGCUCUGACUUGCUGGUUGCGUCUAAAGCUAUCGCCCGAGGAGAUCGAGCAGAGGUACAGAAGCAAAGAGAUCGACAGAAUACUUGAGAAAGAUAAACAGACACUGCGGCGGCAGGUUAAAUUAUUGCUACUUGGUGCGGGUGAAAGCGGAAAAUCAACAUUCCUGAAACAGAUGAGGAUAAUACACAAAGUGAAGUUCGAGCCGGAACUAGUGCGUGAAUACCAGCAUGUGAUAUAUCAGAACAUUGUGAAGGGCAUACAAGUGUUAGUGGACGCGCGGGACAAGCUCGCGAUACCUUGGGAAAACCCGAGAAAUUUGGACAUUGGUCAGCAGGCAUUGCAUUUCAACAGUACGGCUUCGUUGGACAGCCGACUGUUCAUGCAUUAUGCACCGCAUAUACACUCGCUGUGGUUAGACAGAGCCAUAAAGAGGGCCUAUGACAGGCGGAGAGAAUUCCAAUUGAGUGAUUCGGUGAGCUAUUUCUUCGGGGAGUUAGAGCGUAUAGCGCGGCCGGACUACGUGCCCUCCCACCAGGACAUCUUACACUGCCGGAAAGCCACGAAGGGCAUCACGGAGUGUACCAUCAACAUAAACAACGUGCCAUUUGUAUUCGUGGACGUCGGGGGUCAGAGGACACAACGGCAGAAAUGGACGCAGUGCUUCGAUUCCGUCACGUCAAUACUGUUUUUAGUAUCGUCGUCGGAAUUCGACCAGGUUCUGUCCGAAGACAGGAAAACGAAUCGUCUAGAAGAAGCGCUAAACAUUUUCGACACGAUCGUGAACAACGUCAAUUUCAAAGGAAUCUCAAUAAUACUAUUCCUAAAUAAAUCCGAUUUGCUAGCGAAGAAGGUCGCCAGCAAGGAGACGGACAUACGCUGGUACUACCCCCAGUUUACAGGCGACCCUCAUAAUUUAAGGGAUGUUCAGAUGUUCCUGUUAAAUAUGUUCGCGAAUGUUCGGAGGGAACCAAAGACAACCCUUUACCACCAUUUCACAACAGCCAUAGACACGCACAAUAUAGAAGUCGUGUUCAAUUCAGUCAAGGAUACGAUAUUAAACCGGAAUCUCGAAUCUCUCAUGCUUCAGUGACGGAAGGACACUAAUAUUUUUUUUUGAUUGUGAUAAAAUUUGGGCAAUAAUGUACCCCUUACCCCGGCUCUUCUAGCUGUAUCUCAUUUCCUUUUCUGCGUUAAGCACAAAAAUCAUUUAAAAGACAAAAAUCGUGAUUUUUUUUUUAUUUAUUAGGCCUCGAAACGGCCUACUUUCUCGUAGUUUGUAACGCACACCGAGUACAUUCGGUUACACAUAUAUAGUCUAUCAUAUUCUAAUGAUAAAUUUGUAUAUCAGUUUAUUUAUGACCGAAAAAUGUAGAUUUUGCACUUACGAACAAUUUUUGAUAACUUUUAUGUAUCCAACGCUUCGUGAUUGUGUUCACUUAAAGAUUUCUAGUGCUACUUGACGUUUUUUACUAGAAUUAGACACUUUUUUUUUUUUUAUAUAUUAUAUCCCUAGUCUUUGAUAACGGAAUAGUUUCAGUAUUGGAAUUAAAAAAAUAUAUAAUAAAAUUUUCACUAAUAUCAAUGUAACGUUUACUGCCAUUAAACGGUUUUCGAGGUCGCGGCUUUAAUGGAAGAACUCGAAUUGUUUAAUUGAAUAGGUUAAUACCGAGUGGCAAUUUGAAAUAGGGUUGAAAUUUUCUUAAACAAAAGCUUAUAUCAAAAUUCAACAAUAAUAAAAAAAUCACCAAUGUGUAA